UUUCAACGCGUUCGCCUCGCAAAAAGCGUUCGGAAAACGUAUUUCGAAAUAUUUGAUUUAAAAAUAUCACUCAUACGCACGGGAGAGCGUGAGAAAGUGAGAGUGCACCGAUAUUCAAACGAAAAAUAAAUAAAUAAAAACCAAGUUUUGUUUAUACAAAUCAUCCAAACGGAGAAAGUGUUUAAAUAAUACCUCCUGUAGUAUACAUAUAUAAUAAAGUGAAAAUAUAUUUAUAAAUAUAUUAAAUAUAUUCCGGCGAUGAGUGAGUGAGCAGCAUCGAUAAAAAGCUCCCCAGAGGCAAAACGUGAAAAUUAUCUCCCCUGAAAAAUCGAGGAAGCCAAAGAACUCUCAGAAAAUCGAAUCGUUGAUCAUUCCAUUCCAAUUUAAUUAACCCCAGCGCGCCGACAGUCCCUUGGCAUUGAUUGUUGACAUUCUCGCCGCCAAGAUAUGCAAAUGGGAAUAUGCGAAUAUCUUGUUGUAAAUUAAAUUCCCAAGCUUAAAGUGUCGACGGCGCCGGCUUUCAGCCAGGACAAAGGACAUCCUCGUCAGCAGGUGCUCGUGACCCCUGACCCGUGACCAAAGCCAAAGAGAAGCAGGUGGAACAUUAAGUACCCGACCUGUGGCCGCAGAAUUGAUGUUCGGGCGAAAGUUUCCCCUUAGCUGCCCAAAUGUUGCGCCCACGAUUCGAGUAGUAGGAUUGGGCUUGCUGAUCGGGGAGGUGACUAACCAGUAGUUGGACUCCAGGAGAACUCCACAAUGAGUGGAGCAGCGGUAGCGCGGCUCCUGCUCCGCUUGGAGCUGCCCUCGCCGGGAGUAAUGCCACCACCGCCCACCGACUACGAUUACGGGGGAGCCAUCAGCGAGGAUGAGUUCCUGGCCAGCGUGAUGGCCACCGAGGGUCCAACGGUUCGCUACGAUCUGUACCCUAUAAACCAUAAUUACUCGCAAACCAACCUGCAUAACCACUCGGAGGUGCAAACGGAUCUGCAAUAUCCCCACUACGAGGAUUUGGGUCUGGAUCCCGAUCCCAAUUGGACGCGCAUCUGCGAGGAUGUUUAUAAUCCUUCGCUGGAAAAUAAUCGCAUAGAAUUCUGGGUGUGUGGCGUGCUCAUAAAUAUCGUUGGAGUGUUGGGCAUCCUGGGAAAUAUUAUAUCCAUGAUUAUACUAUCGAGACCCCAGAUGAGAUCGAGUAUAAACUAUUUACUCACUGGCCUAGCACGUUGCGAUACUGUUCUCAUCAUCACCUCUAUACUGUUAUUCGGAAUACCCUCUAUAUAUCCAUAUACGGGUCACCUCUUUGGCUACUACAACUAUGUGUAUCCCUUUAUAUCGCCAGCGGUAUUUCCCAUUGGCAUGAUUGCCCAGACAGCGAGUAUAUAUAUGACUUUUACAGUGACACUCGAGAGAUAUGUGGCCGUUUGUCAUCCGCUUAAAGCGAGGGCCCUCUGUACUUACGGUCGAGCAAAGAUAUACUUUAUAGUAUGUGUCUGCUUCUCCCUGGCCUAUAAUAUGCCGCGUUUUUGGGAGGUCCUUACUGUAACCUAUCCCGAACCGGGUAAGGAUGUAAUACUCCACUGCGUGAGACCCUCGAGAUUGAGGAGAUCGGAGGCCUACAUAAAUAUAUACAUACACUGGUGCUACCUGAUCGUGAACUAUAUAAUACCCUUUCUCACCUUGGCCAUUCUAAAUUGUUUGAUAUACAGACAGGUGAAGAGAGCAAAUAGAGAACGGCAGAGAUUAUCCCGAUCGGAAAAGCGGGAAAUUGGUUUGGCCACCAUGCUGCUGUGCGUGGUGAUAGUUUUCUUUAUGCUGAACUUUCUACCCCUCGUGCUCAAUAUUUCAGAGGCCUUCUACAGCACCAUCGAUCACAAGAUCACCAAGAUAUCGAAUCUGUUGAUUACGAUCAAUAGCAGUGUUAAUUUCCUGAUCUAUAUUAUUUUUGGGGAGAAAUUCAAGCGCAUUUUUUUACUCAUUUUUUUCAAGCGACGCCUGAGUCGUGACCAACCGGAUCUUAUCCACUACGAGAGCUCCAUAUCGAACAACGGCGAUGGGACGCUGAACCACCGAUCCUCCGGCCGCUUCUCGAGGCACGGCACCCAGCGGAGCACCACCACCACCUAUCUGGUGGCCACUGGAGGACCAGGAGGUGGAGUGGGAGGUCCAGGUGGUGGCGUUGGCAAUAAUUCCCUGAACAAUGUACGCCUCACCCAGGUGUCGGGGUCACCAGGUCUCGUCAAGAUCAAACGGAAUAGGGCUCCAUCCCCGGGACCGGUGGUCUACUUUCCCGCCCGCGAAAUGCAGAGAUCUGCUUCGACCACAAAUUCAACCACGAAUAAUAAUACCUCCAUUGGUUACGACUGGACGCUGCCGGAUAGCAAGAAACUGGGACAUGUCUCCUCCGGAUUUUGAGACUGUCCCGACGCCGGGUGAAAACGAAGAGGGAGUGGGUCAAAGGGUUAAACGGGGUUACUCUAGUCCACUAGACUUGUAAAUAAGAAUAGGCGAAAAGUAUAGGGCUUAGCAAACAGCUGUGGUCAAAAUAAUAGUUACAGUAAACUGAUUUUGAAAAUUUGUACAGAGUUAAGAAUCUCUUAAAAUUAAAUAAAACGGAAAGGAUGGUUAGAACUUUGCUAACGAAAUGUGUACACAAACAUAUUUUUUAUGCUUCAAAAAUUCAAAUUUCUUAAACAAUUGUGUUAAAAAAUAUUUAUUUUAUAGUUUUUUUUUAAAAUUA